CCAGAUUUGCUGCUGCGCUGAAGGAUCUGAAAUUGUGGGUGAUGAAUGUUGUCCCCAUUGACUCAGCAGAUACACUUCCGAUAAUAUAUGAACGUGGUUUGUUCGGAAUGUAUCACGACUGGUGUGAGUCAUUCAACACUUACCCCCGAACUUACGACCUUCUUCACGCCGAUCAUCUUUUCUCUGCCCUGAAGAAGAGGUGCAAUUUGAUAUCGGUUAUGGCUGAAGUCGAUAGGAUUCUCCGGCCACAGGGAACGUUCAUCGUUAGAGAUGAUGUUGAAACAGUAGGGGAAGUCGAAAGGAUGGCGAAAUCGAUGAAAUGGGAAGUAAGAAUGACGUACUCAAAAGACAACGAGGGUCUGCUUUCGGUUCAGAAGACGUUUUGGCGCCCCAAAGAGGCCGAGACAAUAAAAUCGGCGAUCGCCUAACAAGCAGAGGAUCGCCAGCAACUCUUCCUUCACUCAAAACCAUUCCAUUGGUUAUUACACAGUUUGGUAAGUUGGUUCUUCAAGAACAUCAUCAAAUUGGUUGUCACUUUUCCAUAGGUAAGAUUCUUUAUCCACUUGCAAUCUGAAGGAAAUUGUAUACAUAAUUCACCCAUGAAAGUGUAGAAGUCAAAAAGAAGCUUGCUUUGUAUCUCUCCAUCCAUAUGAAAACUCGUAAGAUAUUUUUGGAUUUUUUGUAUGAAUUUAGUGGAAGACAGAUUGUUAGUAAUGAUUCUAAUGAACGAUUUUUACGGAUCAUUAUUAAGGCA